AUGGAUGUGCGUUUGCCCGUCCUCUUGCCGUUUGGUCUCAAUGAAAAAUAUCAAACCUUGUUCGCAGAGAAAUAUGGUGUAAGAAAACAACAUGAACCAUUGCAUUUCCAUGUUCUGUCUUUACGCGAAAUAUCAGCCUUGCAACGUUUACGCGCCCGCAAGUUACAUUUCAAAGCGCCAUCUAUCGCAGACUCUGCUCCGAACAAACAUGAUCGAAUCCUGAAACCUAAGAAGAUCAAAAGGGACCGAAAAAGCCGCGAAGAAAAGCGCAAUCACUCAGUGACAAUACCUAAACCACCUGUCUCUUUCUCGCUCGCUCCCAAGAAUCCUCUGAGAUCGAUGCGUAACACGAACAGAAACCUGAAGACUGGCGCGGAUCAACGCUUGGGAGCCUCUCGUGAAAUACCAAUUAUACUUGACGGCGAUUCAGCCAAGUCGGUGACACCAGGCAAAUUGAACCCUAGGAUACGUGACGCUAGUGUGUCUCCCGAACUCAUCUUGCGCGACAUGUCACCUACGCAUGAUCUUCACUCGCCAGUCCGGCCGACCAAUAUGCGCGACGCAAGAAAAUCUGGGCUUUUCUUGCGCAUCAAAUUCAAUACAGCUAGCCCCCAGCAGUACCACUUACUACAAUCUCAGCAAGAACCCCAAACUUCACACCCAAAAACCCUGAUGAUGGCAGAUAUUCCGUUUAUAGAAUCGCCUGGUGAUCGCUCCAGAGCCACGAAUAGUGAGGAGAAAGACAUAAAAUUGGUAGACAUAGAAGACUUCGAGAUGAGAAAAAAGGUUACGCAGUUGAUGGCCGUGGCGCCGGCACUACCCGUCCGAGAUCUAUAUCACCUUAUCAUCGAUAGUGAGGGCCGUCUUUCUAAAGCCAAGAAAAAGGCUAUCCGGAUGAGCGAAGCACCAGAUACAUUGUGCAGGCCCACACAACUCUCUUUACGACCACGAACACCUAUUAAUAACUUAGAUACAGAAGGUGUCGUAGUCAAUAUCAACAACUCGAAUACACAAACUAUGGUCAAGAUAGAUCCGAGUGACCCCAUCUUCAAGUGGGAUGAGGAUGAACCAGCACCAGAACCAGCACCGACGACAAAGCCUCGUCGGUCAAAGUCAAUCGCUAAGAAUAAACAAACACAAAGCGCACACUCACAUCAUUCCGCGAAAGAAUCAAAACGCAAGAUUCCAGCGGCACCGACACCGACACCGUCAUAUCAAAGUGAAAAGCGUACAAAAGUCUCGCAUUCAAAACGAACAAGCCUACGAGAGACCAGCCGUGACCGCGAAUUCAUAGUUGCUGAUGGCGUGAUGCAUUAUGUUUCGGACUUUGACGACUCUGACGAUUUUAUUCUUUCGCGCAAUGUUAUUAUACCCAGCAGGACUCGGAGACAGAGACGCAAGUUUAGUAUGAUUUGA